UCUGCAUGUAGAAGCUAUAUAGGGUGGACUGGAUUGUGAAAGGUUUGGAAAAGGGAAUUGUAUUUUAAGUUUGACCACUGCGUCCAGGCAUUCAUCAGAGUUGACGCUGUACCUAAAAAAUGGAGGGACCAUCAGGAGCUUCAAGCAGUGGUACAGGAUACAAAAGAUCAAGAGGCACCAAUUGGACAGAAGAAGAAACAGAACAGUUGUUGGAGGCAUGGGCAGAUAGAGAUGUUCAACUGCUUUUGGAGAAUGGUCCUCACAAUAGGCAGGCUUUCGAAAGAGUGUCUUUUAAUCUUGCUGUACACCACAUGGACAAGACGCCAAGCCAAUGCCGUGAGAAGAUAAAGAAGCUUAAAACCAUGUAUCGCAAUUUAAACAAUCAUGGAAAAGUUUCGAAAAAUAUGCGAGGACGUCUAAUGCACAAGCUCCACCAAGUGAUGGAAGGUAUUCCUAGUGUAUCUUCAGCCACUAGCAAAGCUCAUGGCGCCGAUGCCACUUGUAAUCAUGAGGAAAUGGAUGGAGUAGAAACCGAGGGACCAACGCCAAAUAAUGUUGUGGAUGAAGACUUUCUUGAUGACGACAUUAGUGCCAGUUCAGAUUCAGAAUCUGUAUCAAGCUCCGAUGCGGAAGACGUAGCACCCCACAGACGAGUUCCAAAACAUAGAGAUAAAAGAAGGAAACCAUCCUGCAAAAGGAAAGAAAGCCGUUCCAAAAGACGUUCCGCAGUCUACGUUCUCAUCGACAAGGUUAUAAGCGCUCAAUCAGCAGCUAACGAACGAUUUUCAGCUUUGGAAGAAAGACGGCUAUUGUUAGACAAGGAACUUGAAGAAAAGCGAAUUGAAGCCGAGGCCGCUCGGCAAGAGGCGCAACGUCAACACGAGCUCAGACUGUUGAGUACGAUGGCUCAGCAGAUGGCCUGCAUUCUCAAGAGUUUCAACCCGAUGGCGUUUACCGGUUCGCGCUGUGAGACAGUCGCCACGCCCAUUACAGUGGAUGUCUCCACAGGCGACAGGACUAGUGGUGACGCAGGCAGUCCGUCCAAACCACACGAGGUCAACGGAUGCGUCCAUUCGAAUGACUACACGGACAGUACCGUUUACUCGGCCAUGUGACGUAGUUUUUUUCGUUAUUUAUUGCCUCUGACGAAAAAUCUGCAGUAAGGCUGGAAGCGACGUAAUACAUGUUCUGUAAUACGUUUGCCCAGCCAUACACUGAAGCCGAGAUAAUUAAAUGGUAACAGAGUUGUAUGUCAGACAAAUGUGUGUUGUUGCAAACAUUCUCCAUAUUUCCUUACGGCCCAUAUAACAACGCAAUUAUUAUGAAUAUAUUGUACACCUUCCGGUGGAUACAAUUACGUAAAUCUUUUUGUUUUCGUUUUCCCACUUCCGUGCCUUUUUUAUAUUUUCAAUCAUUGAAAUGUUGAUUAUAAGAACUUGACAUUUGAAAAAAUGUGCAAUCAUAGCAAUUAUUUUGCAGUCGUGUUUUUAAUGUCAACAUCCUUUGUGGCCACUGUUUUUUCCCCCCUACGCUCAUUUCCGUGAAUUGCACUUGGCUUGUAGUCAAGGAGAACCGCGUUUAUUUGCACUCGAUCGCAUAAUUUUUUAUAUUUUUGUGCUGUUGUUCGAUCGAGUUACCUUUAACAAGUACCUCCGGUCAUUUGCCUGUAGGAAGCUGAUGCCCUCUUUUCUUAUUUUUCAUUCAAUAGUUGCCAUUAUGUUUUUAAGGACUAGUUCAAACGGAUCGUGAAUGUGAUACUCGUGCUCGAAAUCGCUAAUUAUAAGCUGCUGGACAGCUAUCGACCAAAGAAUAUUUUUCUCAACAAACAAUGACGGCGGCAGAAAAGGAAGGUUUGUGAUGAAGUGUGGAACAUGCUUGAUAUCCUUGGGUACAAACCAGAAAACCGCAAGAAACUUGUCACUAAGGACUUUGUUUGGCAGCUUUACAUCAACAUAGAAGUCAUUCCACAGUCAGACCCACCAAAAAUGAACUUUACCUGGGGUGAACGUGCAACAAUUGAGUUUACCAAAAAGGAAAUUCUUGCAUUUGCGGCUAAGGUACCAGUUUUAGUUAAAAUUCGCAGCUGUCCCUCGUAUCAACGACAUAAACGUAAUUAUUCCGGUUUCCGUUCCUAUUGCUUUCUUAUGUAUUUAUGGCCAGCCUCCUGAACAAUUUGGAGCACUGUGGGAUUUGGGUGAGAAAGAGGACAAAGCGAGGGAAGCAAAUUGAUUUUUGUUUGAUGCAGGAAUCUUUUGUAAUUACGUUGUUGUAAGUAAUUUAAAAACAAACUUAAAAGAAAACUGAAAACAUAUUGCAUGUGAAAAAAAAAAACAA